AAAAUCAUCAUCCAUCACCCCCUCUCUCUCCGUUGUCUUUUUAAUGUAACUUCCCAGUGGUGGGGAGAGCAAGGAGCGUCUGGAAAGCCUGGUCUCUGAAGGAGCAUCUGCUCGCGCGCUGUCCUGUUUGAAGCUGGACACUGAGAAAGAAAGGAUCAGAUUGUGUUUGAUUCCCCCCCCACCCCCCCGGAUAACGUAGCCUCUCUCCGUGGAUGUUGGCUCAGUGUUGUAUGUCUUUAUGUUUCUCAUGUGGAUGUAAUAGUGCAUUAUCUCGCUCUGAAUGAAGAUUUCUUUUUGGAUUUCCGUCGCUGAACCUGUUUCUGGGUGACUGCCCUUUUUUACUUGUGAAGUCGCGCGUUAUAAUUCUAUCACUGUUAUCUUAUGAGCUCUUUAUGCAUACAGUGAGGCGUGUCUCGUUUUUAAUAUUAUCGAAAAAUGCCGCAGUUUCUUUGAUAGUGUAGAUCAAAUCCAUGCAGGCAAUUUGUGUGCGUUAAUUUUUGCGUAAAAAGAGGAAAGUUGGGCGCGCAAACUUUUGGACACGGUCGAUAUGGCGAUGGUGGCGUGGAGAAAUACCGAGGGUGUCGGGGACGCCCAGGGGACCCUCUCUUCCCCGGUGUCCCAGGUUGCCCCUCUGUCUAUGCCCGGGGACCUGACGGGACACAUGAACCCGACGCCCUCUCUGGAAAUACCGCCGACUGCAGCAGCGGCACCUCAGGGCGCACCGCCGCCCAAUCCGUCCAGCAGCACCACCGCGAACACCACCACCACCAACAACAACAACACCUCCUCUUCCUCGUCCUCCUCCUCGUCCAUGGACAAACACCAGAGCCAGCAGAUCGAGUGCAUCGUGUGCGGGGACAAAUCCAGCGGGAAGCACUACGGACAGUUCACAUGUGAGGGAUGUAAGAGCUUCUUCAAACGCAGCGUUAGGAGGAACCUGACCUACACCUGCAGGGCCAAUAGGAACUGUCCCGUGGACCAGCACCACCGCAACCAGUGCCAGUAUUGUCGCCUCAAGAAAUGCCUCAAAGUCGGCAUGAGGAGGGAAGGUACGGGAUAGCGUCCUUUUGUUGUUGCUGCCGGUAUUAUCAGACAAUAAUAUCCCGCAUUCAGAGACUGUAGGAUACAGUUUAUCCUGGUCUCUGUUUAUUUUCCCCUGACGGCAUGACUUACUCUUAAACUGCUGUAUAUUUUAGCUUGCUACAUCUGUUUAGCUAGUAUAAUUUCAUCAUGCACCACCAUUUACAAUGCCUUAGUUGAGUCCGUGUCACGUGCAUAUAUAUUUCCUCUGCCUGUGCACAUUUGUCUCCGUCACUCUCUUCAAAACUGUCCAGCCUGUGAUCCCACAGAGAUAAGACAGCUACAGCUAGCAUCAUGUAGCAUGUGGACUAUAUUGUUGUUACUGUUGGCUGGCUUCAUGGCUGUUGUGUAGUUCAAAGGCGCUUAAAACGUCGUGUGUUCAAAUUUUGUGUCAUUUUCACUACAUUUUAGUUGCAUUUCAACAUUUUUGGCUCUAGAAUGUAGUCCACAGGCGCGUUACGGUUUGGGGAGAUGCGUGUACUGUCCGUGUAUGAGAGUGUGUUAGUGUAUCCAUUAUGCAUGCGGGUCGUACAGGCCUUACUUAGCUUGAUUUAGCCUGCUACCAAAAACUGAGUAAUUUUUUUAGAGCUGCAGAAAUGGUUUUGAUGCAAAUGUAAAUAAAGUUAAAAAAUAAUUGAUCACAGAGAGCAAAAAGAGAAAUAAACUAUCUGAGUGCAGGAGGCAACUUUAAAAUAGGUCACAAGAAACGAGGUCAAAGUGCAAAUACGACAGUUUAUGUCCCUAUUACUUGAUAAAUAACUGUAAUAUAAACUUUAAAAGACGUCCACAUUUCUCUCACGACUUCAGGUGCAUGUUGUAGCCGUGAAAUUCGUGACCGAGAACGUGACAUUUCUUUCCAGGCGCUGUCUUAAACCGUUAGCUGUGUCUGGUUGUUGCAUGUGACCUCUUCUGGCAAAAAUGCUACAUCAGGCCUUUUGUGAGAGUCUUUAGAAGACGUUAUAUCGGUUUAAUUGGCUCCUUUGUUGCUCUAAAAUAUGUCUCCCGCCUCAAAGUGUUUUUCUCUAAAUGUCAUGUGUGGUAUUUUUCGCCUUCCAGCUGGAUUUGACAUUUGUUCUGUGUUUUUGUUGCAGCUGUCCAGAGAGGCAGGCUUCCUACGCAGUCCUAUCACGGCCAAUUCGCCCUGACGAACGGAGACCCUCUGCAGUGUCACUCCUACCUGUCCGGAUACAUCUCCCUCCUGCUGCGGGCUGAGCCCUACCCGACUUCCCGGUUCGGCUCUCAGUGCCUGCAGAGCAACAACAUCAUGGGCAUUGAGAACAUCUGCGAGCUGGCGGCCCGGAUGCUCUUCAGUGCCGUGGAGUGGGCCCGGAACAUCCCGUUCUUCCCGGACCUGCAGGUGACGGAUCAGGUGGCCCUGCUCCGCCUCACCUGGAGCGAACUGUUCGUCCUGAAUGCGGCGCAGUGCUCCAUGCCGGUGCACGUCGCCCCAUUGCUCGCAGCCGCGGGCUUGCACGCCUCUCCGAUGUCCGCAGACAGAGUGGUGGCCUUCAUGGACCACAUCCGGGUCUUCCAGGAGCAGGUGGAGAAACUGAAGGUGCUGCACGUGGACUCAGCAGAAUACAGCUGCAUUAAAGCUAUCGUGCUGUUCACCACAGGUACACCCCCCCACCCCUACGCCCGAACACAGAGGCCUGCAGGCGGACAUGAGGCUGUAGCAGAUAUCUGUACCGUGAUCAAUACAAAAGACCGAAAAAGUAGUACAAGGCACAACCACUAAAAAUAAUGAAAAAGAAAAGUAACCAAACAGACAGAAAAUACAUUUAAAAAAAACACAAAUCUGAAAUAAACAUUUUUUUCGUGUCAUAUCAAAGAUGGAUGAGCAGACACCAUUUUGAUUUUUUUACCCGACCGGUACAUAGAUCCACAAUGGCCGUCAUUCUGUAAACACCGAAGUAAACUCCGAAAACUCCCACGAACAAUUUGAUAAAUGUGCCGGUCUGAACACUUUUGUACCGAUAGACCUGAAACUAUAACAGCCUAAGAGUUCAUCUGCUUUAUUUUAGAGGUCAAAGGAGUGGGUUCUGAAACUUAGUUUUUUCUGGAAUCACAAAGUACAGGGUAUAAACGAAAUCAUCAUUUAUAAUAAUAAAACCUUUUAUUCGAGGAGCUGAUUUAGGAUUACCUCUUAAGGUCUGCCAAUAAAUAAAAUGAAAUUAAUAAAAAGCUACAAAUACAUACCAGCUGUUAGAUCUAAAAUAUUGAUUUUUCAAAACCCUAAAUUUCUAUUUGAAAACAGUCUAAAAUACCCCCUCAAUUAAGCCACAAUUAAAAGCUAAUUAGGCAAAAAAUAAACACAUACAUAAAUAGGAAAUAAAUGUAUUUUUCCUUUUAAAAAAAGCCCUGUCACAAUCUGGGCUAAAAUGCUCUUUUUAUUGCUGUCUAUUAUUUAUGAUUUACCAAUUUGACCUCAUUAAUUUUUUUAGCCCAAAAAGAGUUUAUUUAGUAAUUUCUUUAUCUUGUGACUUUCAAAACCGAUGAGUGAGCUUUCAAGAAAUUGCUGCAAACCUUAAAAUAAAAAUUCUGCAUCAAUAAAUGAAAGCAGAAUUAAAUAAAUGCAAAGAUUCAUCGAGUGUGCUUUAUUUUUUUGACCGCUUAAGAUUUGCAUUUAUUGCAUAGAGUUCUAUUUUUAAUAUAUUUAGUAAUUUUUUAAAUGUAAAACAAAGACAUUGAAUUAAUUGUAUUUGUUUGCAUUAUUUGAUCAAUAAAUAUAUAAAAUAAGAUAACAUAGAUGAAACCAAUAUUUUUAAUUUAAUUUUGGUAAAAACUUAAAAUGUUAAUUUUAGACAUAAAACAUAAAUGCAACAUGAUCGGUGGUGUUUUUGUAAUUGUGUUUGCAGAAAACAAAAAAACUUGGCCUCUGACUGUUUCUUAGUGUUGCGUUAUAACUCAGCAUGUCUGCAUUCCUUCACCAACUGCUCUCGCUCUCUCUCUCUCUAUCUCUCUCUCUCUAUUUCUCUCUCUCUCUCUCUCUAUUUCUCUUACUUCUGAGCCUUUUAAUUUCAGUCAGAAUGAUGUUUGAUGGCAGGAUGGUGAACAGGAUCAAAAGGACGAGGAGGAGCAGAAGAGUCAAAUGUGAAAAAAGCUCUCUCAGUCCAUGUCUAUUUUGGUCCUCACUUGCACAUCUGAGCAUGUGCCGUUAAACUGGGACACAGAGACCGUUCUUUAACCCCUGCUGCCAUGCGGCCUGCAGCGAUCCAGUGCAAACACGGGGUUCUGCUGAAUACUACAUGUAAUGUGUGUAAACAAGUGGUCCACUCUCUGCAUGUGCUCUCAAACAUCAUUACCGUUUCCUUUUAAUUGUUCAGAACAUCCGUUUUUACUCUGAAACGGCCACAGAAGCACCAAAUUGGAUCCCUGGUGCUUUAGGAUGGAAGAGAAAACACUGAAUUCAGAUGGCAGGCAGAAAUAUGGAGAUAUUUAGACUUCAUGGUAUUGUAUUUUUGCUAUGGCACUGAUCCAGCACUUUUACUGAAGCAUGGUAGGCCAUAACCUGAGCAUAUCUGACUAACUGAUCAAGUUAUUUUUCAUUUAAUAAGCUGCAUAAUUGACUGUUUCUCUGUUACCCGGCCCAACACAUACAGUAUGAAGUUAUUAUGAGAUAAGAGACUGUUUCUUUAAUACCUUUUGUUAGUUGUUUGAAAUGAAGAACUAUAUUUUUGUCCUGGUUAGAAAAUAUAUAUUUUUUUUUCGUCUUUGUAAGAGCCUUAUAACCCAACUCUAUGUUGUUGCUGUGUGCUAUGGUUAUUUUGUAAAUACACUCAUCGUAGUCAGUCUUAAACCUUCACAGUAUUUUUCUAGUGUUUCCCGUUUUUGAUGCCCAGUCAAACCACUGCUCUUCACCGCCUUUUCUUUCCUGUUGCCCUCUCUUUCUGUAGAUGCUUGUGGCCUGUCAGACGUGGCCCAUGUGGAGGGUCUGCAGGAGAAAUCUCAGUGUGCUUUAGAGGAAUAUGUGAGGAGCCAGUACCCCAACCAGCCCAACAGGUUUGGGAAGCUACUGCUCCGCUUGCCUUCCCUCCGCACUGUCUCUUCCUCAGUCAUAGAGCAGCUUUUCUUCGUCCGCCUGGUGGGGAAGACCCCCAUAGAGACUCUGAUAAGGGACAUGCUGCUGUCUGGAAGCAGCUUCAACUGGCCUUACAUGCCCAUUCAGUAGAGGAGGAGGAGGGAGAAGCUACAGCGGUGCUGCUAAGGUCAGGAAAGGGAACCACACCUCAAAUCAAGUCAUUUCAGUGCUGAGUAAAGUCUCUGUUGAUCCAAACAAGGGAACAAAACUGCCAGUGGGAUGAGAUAAUGACUAAGGUUUCUGUUCUUCAGAAUUAUCUCAGCUCGUCAUUUUCUUUACAUGAACGCCAUUUUCUUUCCACCAGAGGAAUGAUCUGCCUUAUUCUGUAUAGAGUCUCCACAGGACCUGACAUGAAUUGACCAUUUUUGCAGACAAUAAAUGAUUGAAAUCACUGGCAGAGUUGUUUACUUUAAGGGACAGUAUUUCCUGACAUGAAAUGACUGCUUCUGACAGACUUUGUUUUGCAGUGUGGUGACCGUUCACAGUCUAUGGUUUUUGGGAUAACAAACGAUAUUUAUUGGACCCUGUGUGUAUAUUUAUCUUAUCGUGCUUGUAAAUUAUGUUUUGAUUCCUUUUUUUAAAUGUUUUACGUAUUUUUGCCCCGGCUGGUGAAAAAAACUGCAGGGAUUGUCUUGUGUUGAUCUUUUUAUUUUUGUUUGUUGUUUUCUUUUGUUUCAUACCUUCCAGAUAUGGCACUUUGGACUAAAGGAACAUUUUAGAAAGAUUUUUAACACAGGUGUAUGACGCCAGACACCAUCUGACUUUAACCUGUUUGUUAAAUUGUGUAUAGAGGGAACGGACGGGGAGAUUAACGCUGUGUGUAUUUGGAUUCUUAUACUGUUUGCAUUGUCGAUGUGCAGAGAGGGAGAGGAAUGAGAGCAAAAAAUUUGAAAAAUGCACUUCUUGUGAGCUGGUGCCAGGUAAUGCAUUACUCUUUUUAUUGAUAAUAUCAUUACUCUGACAUUGAAAUCAGCUCCAAUGUUUUGGUCAGUACUCUUUGGCAGACUUGACCCUGCUGUAGGGCGUCAUUUCCACCUUUGAAAAGUGAUAUUUGGACUGUUUCUCCCCAUGAUCAUCAUGAAAUUAGUGCUCUUGUUUCUGAUCAAUUCUCAUCGGAACUGUGAGAUGAUGGCAUAAACUGAUAAAGGGAAGUCGGCUGAAUGUUAGAUAGCUUUGGGUUGAGCUGAUAUUUGUGUUCUUAGGGGAGUUAAAAUGAAAUUGGCAUUUUUGGGGACUGGUCCUGGGAGAAGUAAUGACGUGACUUUACAGGAUUAAUGGUUAAUGCAUUACCAAACACUUUCCUUCCACUGACUGUCUGAGAGAGAUUUUCAAGCACUGGGCCUGAUGUAUUCUGUACAGUUUCUCUAUGGGAUAAAUGGACUGCCAGGUUAAGUCACACAAAUCUAUUUCUUUUUGAGUUAUGCAUUUAUGAGCCCAGGCCGCCUCAUGGCACAAUAGACCACUGCAGGGUAUUGCUAAACUGAAAGUGUGUGUGUUUGUUUGUGGAUGUGUGUGUGUGUGUGUGUGUGUGUGUGUGUGUGUGUGUGUGUGUGUGUGUGUGUGUGUGUGUGUGUGUGUGUGUGUGUGUGUGUGAGAGAGAGAGGAUGUUUCUUUGUGUUUACUUUUUUUGACAACCACUCUGAUGUACUGUGAAAGCAUAUUGGUUAACAUAUUGGUACCGUAUUAAAUUAUAACUCAAGAUUUAUAAAUAAAGUGUAUUUGGUUUAUUUUGCCAUUUCAA